AUGUCGACACAGGACGUCUCAUCAGCACAUGAAAUUUAUGACGACGACAAUGAACGACGCAAUGCUGAUACGUGCCAGAGCUCAACACCUAUGGUGCCGCACAACGCAAACCUUCAAAAGCAUCUAAGGCAGGAGAUCCUUAUUAUACAGAAUGACAGAGAUCUGUCUGCUGGGGAAAAGGCAAAAAAGGUUCAGGAUUUAAUGAUGUCGAAUUGGAAAGCCUUAUCAAAGAAAUCAACAAGAGUUGUAUCUAAUCGACUUACCGAAGAUGAUCUGGCUCCCACUUAUGUAAGCAUGCAGACGAGUAUAAGCAUAGGAUGCAAGACGCGUAUCACAAAACACUUUGAUUAUUCAUUCUCAAUGGUUCUCAUAAUUUUUAUUCCUAGAACCCUGAUAAAAAAGUUCUGGGUUGUGCACACUAUCAAAGAGCUGCCAAGCUUCAAGCUUCAUGCUGUGGAGGAUGGUUCACUUGUCGAUUCUGUCAUGACGAAACCUGCGAUCACCAAAUUAACAGGCAUGAAACAAAAAAAAUGCUUUGCAUGUAUUGUUCAGAGAUCCAACCUCCGUCCCGCGUCUGCCGUGCCUGUAAUCGCCACCUGGCGCGUUAUUUCUGCUCCAUAUGCAAUUUUUGGGAUAAUGAUGCUUCCAAGCAGAUCUACCACUGCGAUAAAUGUGGAAUUUGCCGCAUCGGCGAAGGAUUGGGUGUAUCGAAUCGAACUUGCAGCGGGAUUGUCCGAUCUGUGGGGAGUUUUUAUUUACAUCUACCUUGAAAUGCAUGUAUUUGGUACGUAUGAAGAAUUGAGAGGUGCAUAUCAAUGUCCGACCUGUUGGAAAGCACUCGCAAACAUGCGCCCGUAUUACGAUCGUAUCGACGCGAUUGUCUCUCAGCAGUCGAUGCCCCCAGAAUAUGAUAACUAUAUUUCACUUAUUCUUUGCAACGACUGUGAGAAAAAGUCAAACGUGAAGUAUCACUUUCUGUAUCAUAAAUGUCCUUAUUGUAAAGGAUAUAAUACACGGGUUUUGGAGACAGAGGAAAGGGUUGGGAUGGUAGUGGAUGAGCGUGAGGAAGAAGAGGACGAAAUAGGGGAGGAGCUGAAGAUGAUGGAGAAUAAUGGUGAAGGGAGGGGGGUUGAGAUUGGGAUUAGAGUUGGAGUGGUGGCAGAUGUACCGGAUACAAGUAACUCAUCAACACCGUUAAGCACGACUCAAUUAUCGUCGAGCGCACAAAGUAUGCCGCAAGGCCUUACUACUAAUAACAGAGGACGAAGGCGAAGGAGAGGACGAAACAACGGUGGUGGAAGCGUUACGGAGAGUGCAAGGGGGAAUAGCAAUGCAACGGGGAGAAGGAGAGAGAGUCAGUAA